AACCAAGGUACAUGCCCUUGACCGGAAUCGAACCUGGGACCCUUCAGUCUGCAGGCCGACACUCUAUCCACUGAGCCAAGCCGGCCAGAUGUGCAUCUUUUCACUGAAUACUACUCAUAACCCUCUGAAAUAGGAACUAUCCUGCUCCAGAAACCUAUUUUACAGAUGCAGAACCAGGAAGGGAAUAUUCUAUUACUAGUGGCUGCUAUCCUGUACUGGUAUUAUGUGAGUUUGAAAACAUUACUUUUCCUUUUGGCCUUAGUAUUCUCAUCUAAAGUGUGGACCACAAUGCUACCUCUUGGAAUUAAUCUGGGUCAAGGCAUAUGUAGUAAAAUGAAGUUCUCCAUUUUCUGAAGGAGAUGUCUGGCUUAUUAGAGAAAGCUUCCUUAACCAACCUAUUUAAAAUUUCAGUGUUUUACUUGUUUAUUGUGUGCCCCCAUCCUCAAAAUAUAAGCUCUAUUAGGACACAUACUUUUGUUUGUUUUGUACUCUGCUUGUCCCCAGUGCCUAGAAGAGUGACUCACACAGUAAUAAUAUUUGAAUAAAGUGAAUGCUAAGUGAAUAAAGUUGUGCCUGAAAAGAGAUUAAUAGGUAGCUGGCACUAGUGAGUACUCAGAGGGAAAAAGCCUAACUCCAGACUGUCUUCCAAUUAGGGGCAAGAAGGACACGGUUAAAUAAUUACUGUUAAUACCUAAAUGGCUUUUAUUAAAAGCUACUAACACUAUAAGUUCCAAAAAACCUCGCGAUGCCCUGGUCCUUUAUCUCCCACCGUGCCUCGCGCGGCGCAGGCGCUGUUACUACGGCUGAGUCUCGGGAGCCAGAACUACACCUCCCAGAAAGCGUGCCGGGAUGUCGUUGGUUUGUUUCCGGAAAUGGGUCCCUAGCAAGGUGGGACUUAGAGCUGAGAGCUGUCAAUUGGUCAAGGUACGAGAUCGACGGUUAUACUGACUAAUGGGAACAAGCGACUGCCGAUGGGGCCCCACCAAAGGGGAGCAAGAGGUGCUGGCGGCGGCGGCUGUCGUAGACCGACGCUGCUCAGGGCAGAAGACCGCCCGCGUACGAAGCUUAUCUUUGACGGUCUCCGUCUGCCUCUGCCCUUGACUUGUGACGCUAGGCCCUUUUGGGCUCCUCUGACCCAACUAGCCAGACUCCAGACCCAAACCAUGUUCCCGGUGAAGGUGAAAGUGGAGAAAUCAGGAAGUCCCAGGGCUGGCCAAAGCAUAUCCCCAAGUGUCCUUCCAGGCUCUGAGCACUGUGCCAAAGCACCUACUAGCUGGAAGAGGAGAGCAAACACCUCACAGGAGUUGGAGAUGGCCAAGGCCCGGAACCAACUGGAUGCCGUUCUACAGUGUCUGCUGGAGAAGAGUCACAUGGACAGGGAGCGUCUGGAUGAGGAAGCCAGGAAGACACCCUCAGACACACACAGCAAGGAUUGCUCCAUUGUGGCCACUGGCAAACGCGGAGGAAGAAGAGAAGGGAGAUGGAUGAUGGGCUGGCCGAAGGAGGGCCACAACGAUCUAGGUUCAGAGGUCACCACCAGCAAGAGUCGUGAUGUGUACAAGUUGCCUCCUCCCACAGCCCCUGGGCCCCCUGGAGAUGCCUGCAGAUCCCGAAUUCCAUCCCCACUGCAGCCUGAGACACAGGGUACCCCUGAGGAUGAGCCCUCUGAGCCCUCACCCUCACCUUCCACACUCAUCUACCGCAACAUGCAGCGCUGGAAACGCAUCCGCCAGAGGUGGAAGGAGGCAUCUCAUCGGAACCAGCUUCGUUACUCAGAAAGCAUGAAGAUCCUACGGGAGAUGUAUGAGCGACAGUGAUGUUCCCCUGACCUCAAUAAACAUUUCCCCUCUUUACACUGGC